AUGGAGCUUGCACGGUCUUUGGAGAAGUUGACAAAUGAAAAACUUCUGAACUUGCACGCUGUAACAAGCCAGAACAAUGAUGCUCAUUUGACAGAUUUUGUCGAAAGUGAAUUUUUAACUGAGCAGGUGGAAGCCAUUAAGAAGAUGUCAGAAUACGUUGCUCAGUUGAGGAGAGUGGGCAAAGGACAUGGUAUGGAUCCAAAUUCCUCACACCUUGAUCCCUAUUUUAAUCCAUUUUGUUUUGUAAUUUUGGCCUUGUUGGAGCAAAUGCUAAAAUGCUGAAAUGGAUAGUGAAAGAACACCAUAUUUGGCAUGACAUUGUAUAAGAAUACCAAAUUUGAGCACCAUAAAGUCUAAGAACCCAUAAUUCUUCACCAGACACUUGAUGUGGCAUAGAUUUAAUUCUUGUAUAGUGGUAAACCAUACUUGAAAUGAAUAUCAACCAUUCAAUACUUAUUCUGAUUAAAUUUUUUGGGUACCUAGCAGUUGCUGUUUUAGAUUUAGUUCAUGUGUUUGCUAUUAUUUUUAUUUACAGAGGUUCCGAGGAACUCCGCAAGG